AUGGCAAACCCAAAUUCCUACUGCUUCUCUCUUCUAUCCCUCUUGCUCCUCUUCACGUCUGCAUGCUCAGCGCGCCAGUUGCCACGUCAGCCAAGCGAGCUCUACGAGUGCCAACUGGAUACCAUCCAUGCACGGGAGCCCGACAACCGCUAUGAUUCCGAAGCCGGUUUCACCGAAACAUGGGAUUCUACCAGCCCUGACCUACGUUGUGCUGGUGUCUCUGUCCUCAAACGCACCAUCAAUCCCAAUGGCCUGAGUUUGCCAUCUUACGUUGCAUAUCCUGAACUCCAUUUCGUAGAACAAGGAAUGGGAGUGUUGGGAAUGGCGAUUCCUGGUUGUGCUGAGACAUAUGAAGAGCCACAAUGGGAAAGAAGAGGAAGGCCACAACUACAGCAGGACCGUCACCAAAAGGUCCGUUACGUGAAACAGGGUGACCUUAUCGCUAUUCCACCUGGUGUUCCUUACUGGACUUACAAUUACGGUGAUACCCCGCUCGUCAUCGUCACUCUCCUCGACACUGCCAACAAACUAAACCAACUCGAUCGAGUCCCCAGGAGAUUCUAUCUUGGUGGAAAUCCAGAAGUAGAGCCCUCUGUAAAACAGAGUGGAAGAAAGCAUGGUGAAGAAGAGACUAACAACAUGUUCAGUGGCUUUGAUUCGCGUUUCUUAGGUGAAGUUUUGAAAGUGAAAGAGAGUAUAAUUAGGAAGCUUCAAUCUCCGGAUGCUGGACAGGGGAAGCACCAGAUUAUUCACGUGAAAGGAGGUCUUAGUCUUAUAAGACCACCUUUGGAACCAGAAAUAAGAUCAGAAGAAGAGAGAACACACGGAAAGCGUGAAGAAAAAGUAGUAGAGGAAGAAGAAGAGGUUGAAGAUGAGCCUGGUAAACGAGAACAUCGUGAAUGGCGAAAAGAGACAAGAGAACACAAAGGUGAAAGUAAGGGAGAAGAAGCUGAAGUGGUUGAAGAGAAAGAAACAAAAACAAAAGAGCGUCGCCGUGGUGAAAGAGAAAGUAGUAGACAUGGUGAGAGAAGAGAAGUGGAAGAAGAAGAAGUGAAGGAAGAGAAACAAACAAGAACAAAAACUAAAGAACGCGAGGGGCAAAAAGGUAACUUCCUGCAGGAAACCAUUUGUACAUUGAAACUUCACGAGAAUCUCGCGGAUUCUUCACGCGCCGACGUAUUCAAUCCAAGAGCCGGUCGCAUAACAUCAGCCAACAGUUUGACUCUCCCAGUUCUCAAGUUGCUUCACCUCAGUGCCCAAUGGGUUAAACUCUACAAGGAUGGUAUAUUUGUUCCGCACUGGAACAUGAAUGCGAACAGCGUGAUAUACGUAACGAGAGGGAGAGGAAGGGUUCAAGUGGUGAAUAGCGAGGGAAAAUCCGUGUUCAAAGGAGAGGUGAGAAGGGGAAAAUUGUUGGUGGUGCCACAGAAUUUUGCGGUGGCUGAACAGGCCGGGAAUGAGGGGUUGGAAUAUGUAGUUUUUAAGACGAAUGAUAGAGCUGAGAUGAAUACAAUGGUAGGACGUGAUUCUGCGAUUAGUGCUACGCCUGCGGAAGUUCUUGGUCAUGUUUUUGGGCUUAGUCCACAGGAAGUGAAUGAGCUCAAGAAUAAUCGGAAUGAGGGGGUUUUGGCUACUCCUGAUUCUCGAAUUCAGGAUGAUUUCAUAAAAAUGGUGUAA